CUUCCCUCCACUUCAUACGCGGUUUAGGGGCAAUAUAAAUACGCAACAGCUUGGGAUAUAUAGUCAUGCAAAAAAAAAAAAGAAAAUAUAAGUGACAACAUAUACACAAUAAAUCAUAGCAUGAAGGCCAUUUUUAUUGCAUUCUUACUUUUGGCAUUCAUGGCCUUCCUACUCUCUUCAACUACUCUAGCAGCUCGAGAAGUUCAACCAAUCAAAAGUGAUGAGGGAGGGUAUAGAAGAGGAGCAAGACCUGGAGAAGCACCUCCACCUCCUCGUCCCAAUCAUCUUAUUGGUGUUCGUCCUAAUCCAUAUGGAAGAGGAGGAACACACCAUCCACCACCUCCUAAUCCUCCUGUCUCUGUUGCUAAUCGCUAUGUUUAUGGAACAGCACCUCCUAAUCCUAUGGCCAAUACUCCAUAUAGAGGAUGCAUUAAUAAUCCAUACACGCGUGGUUGCUCGCCACCUAAUAAUUAAGCCUUAAUUAAUAAUUGAUCGAGGUCGUCUAAGAACAAACAAUAAUUCAUAUUUGUUAAUGUUGCAAGUGUGAGGAGUGUAAGAAGAUAAUUUCAUAUCAAAGAAAGCAAAGAAAAAUAAGGAAUUUAUAAGAUGAGAAAUUCAUUAACUUAUUACCUUAAGGUUUUGAGUUGAAUGUGAUAUCUUAUUAUCUUAUGUUCUAUUAUUUGAUUCC